CAGUAACUGCAGGUGCAGUAAAGGAGACUCUCAGCUCUCACGUGUCUCGACUGAAAACCAAAGUUUACUCUGAGAACUUCAGGUUGUUGUGUCCUUGUAUUCAUGGCUCUCCUCACCAAUGUCGCCAUCCUGCUGGUCUUGGCUUGCAUUUCCCAUCAGCUGAUGUUGAGCAGCUGCCAGAAGAGCCAUGGACGGCGGGGAAGAGGGGUGGACCGAGGGCAACACAAGGUCAAGCCAGGGCCGAAGGUGAGCCGCCAGUCCAAAGCGGUCCCUGCGCAGCCCAUUAAGGGCAAAAUAGUCACCAAAGACAAGUCCGAGUGCACCUGGGCAGCAACAGGUGAGGACAGCUUCAUCCUCGGGGUCACCUGCAAGAAGGGGGGCAGGAGCUUCAGCUGUGAAUACGUCGCCAGACCGUCCGUCUGUCAACAGUACGCUUCCAAUGUCAAACUCUACUGGAAGCAAAUCGCCAGGGCGCUGAAGAAGCAGAAGGGUUUGUGCCAGGACAGUGGUGCGUUGGUCAGGGCGGGUGUGUGCAGGAGAGCUGCCAGAGAUGCUCAUUUCAGACUCCACAAUGCUCAGAGGAAGACUCCCCCACCUUCUUCUCCACAACCUGCACCCAGAGCUGUCAAAUCCUGUCAACCUGCUAACAAGAAGCUGGCUGAGGAGCACUGCAACGACUCCUGGUCGAGUUUUUGCACAUUCUUUUUUACUAUGGUGCAGGAUUAUGACUGCUGAGACAGAAAAAAUUAGUUGCUAAAAUGAAUUCAGCUCUCUAUGC